UUGUUUUCUUCAGAGUUUAAUGAAGUUGGCCUGGUCACUCAAGAAGGGAUUAAAGGAGAAUUUAGUGUCACUGAGCUGUGACUGCUGAAGUAGGAACUCAAGUGUUCGGGUCAGUGUGUGAACAGGAUGGUCUCAGUCCAGAGCUGCAUCAGGAAGAAUAUGGCUGGCUUUCCUUCUGCUUUACCGGGUUUUGGGAGCUCGGGAAAGAGUUUUCUUAUCGACAAUCUGCUGCAAUCUCAGACAACUUCAGCCCGUCCAGAAGGGACAAGUGGACACCUGAGACGAACGGCAUGUGAGCGCCCAAGAAGAAUCUGGGGCCACGAGCAUGGAGUGUACCAAAGCCAGACCCAAAGUCCUCAACAGGUGGAAGACUUAGGAGGACCGCUUCUGCCACAUUCAGGUGUGCUGAGCAACGUUUUCCUGCGGAGCCCGCAGUAUCUGCUGGCAUGCUGCGGUGGGUCCAGCCCCCCCUCUGUCUUCUCCAAGGGAGCCAAUAUCCAAAUGUGGUCUGCUAAUAUAAGUCCUAAGUCACGCCGAGGGAUCCUCAGGAGGGCUGUGUUCUCCGAAGAACAACGGAAGGAGCUGGAGAGAACCUUUCGGAGACAGAAGUACAUCAGCAAGACGGACAGAAACAAACUGGCAGCUGAUCUCAGUCUCAAGGAGUCACAGGUAAAGAUCUGGUUCCAGAACCGCCGAAUGAAGUGGAGAAACUGUAAGGAGAAGGAGGUGCAUAACAUCCGCUCCCCAAUGGAUGAGCUCAUGGCCCGAGGUCUCGCUCCAGAGGAGGAGGAGUCGUCACAGAAUCCCGCCAGCUCAAAAACAGAGAGAUCACCGGCACAGAAGAGUGCCAGGGACACAUGAGAGGUGAUAAAUAAAACCCUCAAAAAAAAAAAA